AUGGCAGCAUCUAAACGACUUCGUCAACGAAUAUUAACAGAUAAUAAAAAUUUUCCAAUAUCUUCAAGUACUUUUAUCGAAACUCCAUUAACAUCAACCAUCAGUAUAUCAGGAACAACAUACAAUCAUUUGAAUAUUUUCAAUCAUAAAGAAUCUAUUCAAGCUACUGAACUAGUCAAUUUACAACAACAACAACAACAAAGAGAUAGAUUUGAUGAAAAAUUUAAAUUAAUUCAAAAUAAUUUCGAAAUUAUACCAAAAACAACAAUAAAUAAUAAGCAUACAAAUGCUAAUAUAACUAAAACCAUUGUUGAUGAAAUACAGAGUAAUAAUGAAGACGAUUGGGUUUGUCCAGUGGCUGUAGCAUUGAGAAGAGCAGGCUAUAAUGUACCACUCAGACCUUCAAAAUCUUGGCUUGAACGAGAUCGAAAGAAACAAGCAUUAUUACGUGAACGAUAA